CUUUACUCCUACUCCUACUCCUUACUCCACCUAUUGUAGAUCGAGUCUUAUGGCUACGGCAAUUUGUUUGUGAAGGCUCUUUUAGCGGGCUCGUAGUAAAGAGAUGAAAAUUGGCUAGUAUUGUUCUGUUUUGACAAAGCAACACCGAUAUAAGAUAAUUUACGAUGAGUGAUAACAAAACAACAAAAGAAACAGAUGAAGAUACUUCCAUCUUGAUUGAAUCACAUAAAUUGCUGUUCAAAGAGAGGGAAGAUCAGAUUAUGUUACUGAAGGCUCUUUUUAAAUAUGGGUGCCCAAAUUUAUCCUUUGAAUCUUUUCCUCUUAUGCCUCCAGAAACAGUUAAUGAAGCAAUAAAAAUAAAACUUGAAAAAUUGCAUAAUGUUUUUCAAAAUAUACCUUCGUUAGUUCAUUGGCUGCAUGGUGAAGUAUUUAAGAAUGUUGAGUCUAUACCUAUGGCAUUAUUAUUCAUUGAAUGGUAUGAACAGCAUCCUUCUCAUGAGAAUAAUACAGAAUGCAACUUUAGAGAGAUAUAUCACUUUCUUUAUAAGCUGACAAUGAAUCAAGUUCCUACACCUAUUUCACAGAAAUCUGCAAAAGUAUUACAUACUAUAAUUACAGAAGUUUUAAGUGAGGCAUGGCUGGAUAAACAACAGGAGCUUUUAACAUAUUGUAGUGAAAUAUUUAAAUAUAGGAGAGCACUUCACAGACGUGUGUAUCACGGUAAAAGGAAAAUCUGAGGAGGAAUACAAUGCAUCAUCUUCCAGUUUGGAAUUCCAGUUCUGUGUUUUAUUGUCUGUUUCGAAACUAAUCAACGACUCCUCCUUCUUUUCUUUUGUUGGUUUCUUUGAGGCCUUGCUUGUCUGCUUGAUAUCACUGCCCCACUCCCAAUCGCGAUUCGAGAACAGAAGAGUGCUAUCAGCAAAUACAAGAUAUUUAAGACAAACUUACUUCGAACUGGAACUUCUCACAAGAGAUGAUUUUUCAUUGGAACGAUUGGAUUGUAUCGAGUCACUAUUCUGCCAAAUGAUUGACUUGGACUCCAACUUCCUCUAAUAAUGUGCCAUCACGAACCUAAUGAUGUAUUUUAAAAGAAAACAAGAGAAACAAAAUAAAAACACAAUUUAAA